AUGGAUGGAAACAAAGAUGAAGCCUUGAAGUGCUUGAAAAUCGCCAAGGAUUCAAUCGAAUCGGGCGAUAGAAAUCGUGCUAUCAAGUUUCUUCAUAAAGCUCGUAGAUUGGAUCCAUCAAUCGAAAUUGAAGAGUUUUUAUCGCAUCUGAACAAUUCGCAACCGGAAAACGAAAACCCUAAUGAACCCGCGAAUGAAAAUCCCCAAAAUUCAUCGAAAUCUGCUGAAACUGGGCCUCGCCGUAGGGUUUCAGCAGGUGGGCCGUCAUCGUCAUCGAGUAGUUCGGUGGGUUAUACCGAGGAGCAAGUCACGAUCGUGAGGGAAAUUAAGAGGAAGAAAGAUUAUUACGAGAUUUUAGGGUUAGAGAAGAGCUGUAGCGUUGACGAUGUUCGUAAGGCGUAUAGGAAGUUAUCAUUGAAGGUUCAUCCAGAUAAGAACAAUGCCCCGGGGGCUGAAGAGGCGUUUAAGAUGGUUUCCAAGGCCUUUCAGUGUUUGAGCGAUGAGGAGAGUCGGAAGAAGUAUGAUGUUGUUGGGUCGGACGAGCCUGUUUAUGAGAGGCGAGGUGGUGGCGGCGUUAAUGGGAUGAGAGGAUUUAAUGGUUUUUAUGAUGGGGAAUUUGAUGCAGAUGAGAUUUUCAGAAAUUUCUUUUUCGGGGGAAUGAAUCCUGCUGCUACAGCUAAUUUUAAUGGAUUUAGGUUUGGACCUAGGGUAAGGGUUCAAACAGGUGGUGGUGAUCAUGGGUCUAAUGGGUGGAGGACUUUGAUCCAGUUAUUGCCUGUGAUACUGGUUUUGUUGCUGAAUUUCCUGCCAUCGUCAGAGCCAAUUUAUUCUCUCCAGAGGUCAUAUUCGCAUGAGCAUCGGUUUACCACACAGAAGGGCGUCAAUUUUUACGUGAAGUCCUCAAAAUUUGAGCAGCAGUAUCCGCCUUACAGUCCAGAACGAAUUACACUUGAGCAUAGGAUCGAGAAUGAUUAUCACAAUGUCCUUGUGCAUAAUUUGAGUGUAUUAGAUCCAUUGGCGACGUGCAAUUUCAUCAUUCGUAUUGAAAACACAAUGGCAAAUCAGAAUUUGGUGCGCGCACUGAAAAGAUGGAGAUGA